UUAGUGAGUUAGGACAAGAUUUUGUUGACAACGACAUGGGUAAAUGUCAUAGGACUCAAUAAAUGUAGUGCCUUACAAGUCUCCCGAUGUCGCUCCUUUGACAAUCCACCGUUUCCGAAACGGUGUCCUUCUCAUUAAGGAUACCAGCAAACUCUUCUCUCACUAGUCCUGAACCACUCAAAAGCAAAAGCAAGGGACCUCUCAAGGGUGUUUCCGUAAUUGUAAAAUAUCUCCUAAAACGAUUACGCCUAGAGAGAGAAAGAGAGAAAGAGAGAAAGAGAAAGAGAAAGAGAAAGAGAAAGAGAAAGAGAGAGAGAGUCAUCAACACCGCAAUUUCACGACGACGGAGAAGAAGAAGAAACUCUCAUCAUCAUCAUCUCUAUGUGUCUAAUGGCGUUAUCAGACGCGGUUCUCGGGAAUCUUGCGACGAUCUAUGUUGCGGUGAUCAUAGCGAUCAAGGUCUACGGAUUAAUCUCCGGCCAGAGCUUCAGCGCAGGAUUCGUCGUCGUCGUCUCGAUUACGACGGUCGGAGUUUUGCUCGCGGUUACUCUCGCCUGGGACGUGUCUCGCAGAGCCGCCGACGCGGUUUCUCGGUACAACCGCGUUGUUGCCGGCGAGGAUCUAAGCCACCGUCACAAUCACGACGGUGGUGGUGGAAUUUGUAAAGGAGGGAUUUGCUGGCACGGCGUUGCGGUUCGGUCGCCGGCUUCUCAGGUUCGGUUUAGGCUUCCGCAACAUAUACCGUACGGAGCUUUCUGAGUACAUAACAUCCUGUGUGUAUAGAUGAUAGACAUAAGGACAAUGUUUCUGUAUAAUAGAUGAUAUUGGUGUGAAAGUUAAAAGAGUUUUGUUUUUUGUAUUUUUCUUCUUUUUUUUUUGAACUGGAGUUUUGUUUUUUGUAUUGAUAUGUUGUAAUGUCUUAUAGCGAUGAUUAUAAAUGUUCUUUGUUAUUGUAAUAUCGAUUUCUGAGCAAUAAAGUUGAGAGUUUUUUUUUU